AUGGUUUUUAUUACCAUGUGCUUCGCAUCGGCCCAAGGUGUAUUGGGUGCUACUGAUACUAUGUUAGCAAAUUACAAGAUUACAUCACCUACGUACAUAAUAUCAGUGGGACUAAGCGUUGGCACCGGAUUCGCAUUCGCUUUCAACACUGUUUCAUUGACCGUGGUACUAUCAAUAGCAUCGGAAUUGUACGUGGCCAAAAUCAAGGAGCAAACCCAGCUAAUGCAACUGCCCGGCACCGAGGUCGACCAAAUUAGCCGCAAUUUAAUCAAGAUCAGGGACUCCAUGGCUAAAAUGGACACAUAUAUCACGUACGCCCUGCACCUGAAAAUAUUCUACUGCGGUCUCUACACAUCUACCAUGAUGUUUAGUUUGGCGCAAAACUUAACCAGGCAACCCAUGGACACGGGCGCCAUUAUAAGCCUGAUACUAAUCCUGGUGCCGGUGCUUUGCGAUCAGUUUGUCACGUGUUAUAUAUCGCAGCGUAUAAUAGACGCGGCGGACACCCUGUGCUCGGUUACUGAAGGUCGUAUCGCUACGCUUGGUAAACGUGGUAGUGAUGCAAAGCAGGGUAAUUUUGGUAAUGGUCAUAAUGAUAGGCAACAGUAUGAUCUAGUGCUUCAGGUGGCCCGCAAGCGCCUGGUGUUUAGGGCGGCCAAUAUAUUUCGCGUUGAUAUCAGGAUGGUAACCGCGUUCAGUGCCGGCGGCCAACCCUUUAAGCACGUGAUCGGCUCUAAUGUGCGUACAAUCGGCGAACUUAAGGGACAGUUGACGGCCAGCGGACUGUAUCGCGAGGGUCGAAAUUUUCUGGCACUAGUGUCCGGCGCCGGCCAGUUGUCGGCCGACCGGUAUAUACUGCCCGACGGCUGUCCCGUCAAUUGGAUUACCGGCGCAGACAUUGUCGAGAUUUAUGAUAAUAAAGACGUAACGAGUGAUAUACAAGCUCCGGGUGUGAUCUCGGAGCUCAACAAUGGCUUAACCAAUAGAUUGGAUCAAUUCAUUAAACGAAUGGACAUUGAAUUUAUUAAAUGGCAACAAAUGGCUAAUAAUUUUACCACAAGUAUAAGUAAUGGCAAUGAGUGUUGUGGUCACUCUACCAUUGCCGACGCCGAUAGGGUGUCCAUCGACUCGUUGGAUAACAUUUCCCGUAAAACUAUUGAUGACAACAACGCCUGCGAUAUAUUGUCGGAAAUAUGCGGCGAAUUAAAGAAAACAAACCAAUCGUUGGAUCAGUUGAUGACAGAGUUGUCGAGGAAUAAGGAAAAGACAGUUACGGACAGCAAACCGAUCGCUGAAGACAUGAGUUCCCUGACAUCCAGCGUAAAUACUAGUGAUAGUCGUUUCACCGUCGAUGACAUGAGUGUCUUAAACAGUUUGUUCAGUGGCUCAUCCAUAACAUCGAGAUCGUCGACAAGAACCUGGACUCAGGAGUCGGCCACUGAUUCAGACACUAUGCUAUUGUUGAGCGGAUUUCGGGAUCAGUUGCGGGCGAUUACAGACAAAUGGUCACAAAUAGAGACAACGAGCGCGUCAACCGAAGUGUUUGAACAAAUGUUGAUCGGCUUUGCAAAUGAGAUAAAACAUGCUAAGAACAAACUGAUGCUCAAAAGGACCGGUAAUACCCCGUCCCGUAUCCGGUCCGGUAUUUAA